UUUAGAAGAACCAAUGCUUAGCAAAGGCUCACCAAAAGAUGAGUAUUUAUUUGAAAUCUUGAGUUGGUGGAAGCUAAAUGCACCUAAGUACCCAACUCUUGCAAAGAUGGAAAGAGAUGUCUUGGCUAUCCCAGUCACCAGUGUGGCAUCCGAAUCAAUGUUCAGUGCAGGUGGUAGAGUGCUUACAACACACAGAGCUUCAUUAGAUCCAGAGGUUGUUGAAGCAUUGUUAUGCUUAAGCGAUUGGUUGCCAGAUUUCAUUUGUGAUGAAGAUAUGGAAAUUUUGGAAACCGAAGACGAAUGAAGACAAGAGAGACCCUGUUUGAAUAUCUGUUAAGUUUUUACUUUCUUUAGCAUUUGCUUGUGCUUCUUUUCAUGUAUGUGUGUGAGUAAGAGACUUACAUUCAGAUGAAGACAAUUCAGAUGCCAUCUUAUGAGUACUGUUUCCAAGUUUUAUGUAUGACAGUAUGAGAAUAAUUUCACCUUUACAGAUUUUUUUGUUA